CUUUGUGACGUCACAUCUCGAUAUUUUCACCCAUCCAUGGUUCUUUCCCCCGCGGUUCGGCUUUACAUUUCUCAUUGCCGCUCAAACACGAGGUCCUAAGACAUGCAAGAUGAUAUUCUGUAGAACAAGCAGACGGAUUCUAGAUUAUGGAAAGGGCCUGUUUCGCGCUGGUUUGAGCCUCGGGGGUCGGAGACCUGCCAAUGUCCGUCACAAGACCACCUUCAGCCUGAAGAGCCUGAGCAAAAACUUGGAGCUAUGCACCAGUCCCGGUAGCAGUGCUGACAAGCCAGUCAUUCUCCUAUUCGGAUGGGUUGCAGCCAAGAGAGGACAUCUUUUGAAAUACAGCGAACAUUACUCAAACCGGGGUUACGACUCCCUGGUGAUACCGAUUCAACCAAAGGCACUGCUAUGGCCGCCCGUGGUCAAGCCUAUCGUAGAUGAAAUCAUGACAACAUUCGACCAUGAUGCCAUCAAAGAUAGGCCUUUACUUGUCCACGCUUUUUCCGCUGGCGCGUAUUUCUUUGGGGAGACCCUGGUUAAGUUACAGACUUCGGAGGGGGCCACCGCCGACCGGCUGAGAGCGCGAUUUGUAGGCCAGAUUCUGGACAGCCCUGUGGACUUUGAGGGUAUCCCCAAUGGUGUUUCCAAGGCGCUAACGAAGAAUCCUUUGGGGAGGACGAUUCUAAAACAAGGACUUAAGUUCCACUUGUCCGUUUUCUCAGAGCAGACGAUGAAAAAUUACCGGAGGUCAUCGGAGGUGUUUCUCAGCAACCCUCUGAAACUUCCUUCGCUGUUUUUGUACUCCAUUGCGGACCCAAUCACUAAUAUACCCGCCAUUGAACGGGUCAUGAAGGGCUGGAAGGACAUGGGAGUCCAGGUUUAUCAUAAAUGUUGGGAAAAGUCCACGCAUUGUAGCCACAUGUACCGUUAUCCUGAGGAAUAUACGAAAGAGAUAGACAAUUUUGUUGAUCACAAACUCAAACGAAAUUGAUGAUGUUUAAUUUUAGGUUGUUAUUCUUGGGGCUAUAGACAGUAGCUUGGGAUCCAGUUUCCCCAGAUAUUGACUUCUCGAUUUCUUCGAUUCCGAUUUGUAUUCUACCUGGACGUGGCCCUGAGUGACCUUCCAUCGGUACACUGCAGGUCAAGAUCUAUGGCCUCGCGGGAAGGCUCCCUCAUCACCGAAGGUUGGUAUCUGUGGAUGAUCCGAAUCGAACGAAUUCUUAUUCGGAUCAUGACCGAUAUCAGUGUAAGGUGACACUACUGUGCUUGGUCAUUCCGAUUUUGUUGAAAUUGUACAAUGUAGUUUCUGUUCAUCCUCGAAUGGUCUUCUUUGCUAAGGACAAAGAUACAACCAGAAAGUCUGGAUUACAUCAAGUUUUAAGCACCAAUCAAUGCAACACUUUUGUAGUAUUAUACAAGUCCGGCGAUCAAUUCAUACAAAUGAGACUUCAGCCAAAUCAAUGAAAAUGUACUUAGAUAAAAUGGGUACUUAUGAGUAUAUUUACAUUCUAAGAAGCCAAUAAUGUGCGAAAUUGUGCAAUUGUGGAGUCGAGCCCCUUGUCUGUAUGGUUCUUCACUCUAGAUGGAUUUUUACGAUGAGCAAUUAGUGGUGAAUACAAUGUCGUAAUAUCAAAGCAUACAUGAUCUACCACCUUUGGUACAGCAAACCUCAAGAAGCUGAGCGGCUCUGGGGUCAAAUGUUGAUAGUCACUGUCGUGCGCUAUGACGGAUAUGUGUUCGCCCUCUCUAAUACAAUCGCAUUCCUAGUCUUGUUUCAAUGUACACUUUAGGCAAGCUGGUGCCAUUAUUUCGCUGUCUCAAAAUAAACUACACUUUUACACA